GAAACCGCGGGGGGGGGGCGGGCACUGUGUGGUUCAGCUCAGGGAGUCCUCGAGCUGGUAGUGUGGUCUGUUCGUCCCUGAGAGCAGCCAUUGGGUCCUUUUCACCUGCACGUGGCGGUGACUCCUCGCCAGGACGCAGCUGGGGGCUUCCCGGUACGGCCCGCACAAUGGGGCUGCUCUCGACCCUCACGGUCGCUACCGGUUACUGCUCUGGACGUCUGGUGGCCCGUCAUUUCUCCCGUGGGGUGCGGCCUGGCGGGGAGGAGCUAAGCCGCCUGAGGCUGGAUGACUUGGCGCCGACCCCGCGGCUAGAGCUGCUGUUUGGCUUGUCCCCGUGUCUCCUGGCUCUGCGAGCCGCCCGCCGCCGAGUGGCCCGGCUCCUGCUCCAAGCCGGCAGAGCUGGACUACAGGGAGAGCGGGCCGAGCUGCUCCGGGAAGCGGAGGCGCGGGACAUCCCAGUUCUGCGGCCCAGGCGGCAGAAACUGGACGCCCUGUGCCGCCACCAGGUGCAUCAGGGCGUCUGCAUGGAGGUGAGCCCGCUGCGGCCCCGGCCUUGCAGAGAAGCCGAGGAAGUAAGCCCAGGCGACGACCACCAGCAACUGUGCCUCGUCCUUGAGGGGCUCCAGGAUCCCCGGAAUCUUGGUGCUGUCCUGCGCUCCGCUCACUUCCUCGGAGUGGACAAAGUCAUUAUUAGCCAGAGAAACAGGCACGGGCACUCCUUAUUCCCCAUGUACCCAACUUGGAGCUGCCCGCUCACUCCAGUAGUCAGCAAGGCCAGUGCGGGGGCUAUGGAGGUGAUGGAUGUGUUCUCUACUGACGACCUGGCAGGUUUUUUACAGGCCAAAGCCCGGCAAGGCUGGCUUGUGGCAGGCACCGUGGGCUGCCCGGGGCCUGAGGUUUCCCAGUCCUCCCAAACCCCCAUCAUGAAUUGCUUAGAGUUCCUCUGGGACCAGCCUACUCUCCUCGUGCUGGGGAACGAGGGUUCUGGUCUGUCCCAGGAAGUGCAGGCCUCCUGUCGGCUCCUCCUUACCAUUCUGCCAGGGCGCCAGCUGCCUCCUGGACUCGAGUCCUUGAAUGUGUCCGUGGCUGCAGUGCAGGAAUUCUUCUUCACUCCAUUUGCAGCCAGAGGAAAGGUUUCCGUGCAGUGGAAAAGACAGAGAAGCCCCUCCAAGACCCACAAGGACCACCAGCUAUGUCCAAAGGACUGUGAGUCACUCAGCACCCAGAAUCGUCUUCCGAAUCAGAAAAAGAGAGGCAAAUGGGGGCUUAGGGGGCUGUCCACGAAGUGCACGUGAUGGUGCUGGGACAGUUGCACACACAUCCCCAGGUCUGGCCUGCUGGCCCCUGUUCCUUGAUGUUAGUCAUUAACUGUAUGGCCAGGGACUCUGCAGUAAAGACUGGAGGAGUUCAAUCUCCUAUUUUGCUGUGGACCUGCAGUGAAGAUGUAGUUUGGUGAUUUCCAGGAUGGGCUACGGCAGAAGUCGAGUGGAAGUUGAGGUUUCAGAGGGAAUCAGGCAGCCCAGUCCAGGGGUCCGACUGCUCCUGACCAGGUGUUGCCUGUGGCGAAUGCUGAGUGUGAGGAUGUGGAGGGGGGCCGAGGUCUUCCUGUGGGAUAGACAAAGUACAAAUCAAGGACUGUCCCCGUGUGGGCCUUAAGUACAUGUCUUUAUCUUGUGGUGCCCAGGACCUUGGUCUGCAGCUACCUACCUCACAGGGUUGUUGUGAGGAGCAAAUAAAACAUCAUCUGGUAUCAUCCAUUAGGCACUCCA